UACGGAGUAGUCAUUUAUUGAACCUAGUUAUCGUAACGGAGUAACCUCAACCCGGCCCGGCCAAAGUGGCAAAGUGGCUCCGUUUAAAAAAUGGUUCCGUCAAGUGUAGAGGGGAAAUCUUGUGUUAUCAUCAUUAUCAUUCAUAUUGUCCUGCUUCUUGGUAUAUCAGGGCUUCUCGGGGGUCUUGCACUAAAUAAGCUGAAGCAUCACAGAGAUGUCGUUGGGAAUCUUAGUGGAUUUGCAGCAUUCUCGCUUGGAGUAUCUUACCUGUUAACCGUGAUUCUAGCACUUUGGUUUUGGUGCUACAAAAUAAGUGAAGAAACCAGGACUGCUACACGACGCCUCACGUUGGCAACGAUGUUGUUUCUUUUCCUCACAACGGCGGUAUCGACGGUAGGAGAGAUUAUGCUGGUGAAAGUAAAAAAGGGAAGCAAGAAUUCUGUAGGUCCUUCUGGAGCAAGUGGGAUCUCUGAUCACAUGUUGAAAACCUACUUGAUCGUUGUAGUGUGUUGCUGCUCUUUCCAAGGGAUUUAUGCCCUCGCCAGUUUUUUUGACAUUAGUUGCAUUCGUGGUGCUGUGUUUGACUCCGAUUAUACCCGACAUGGUCAAUAAUAAAAUCAUACUCCGUACGUACUGUAGGUGUACUACUAAUUCAUGAAAUGAUGAGAACACGUGAAAGAUACACUACGUCAUUUCAACUCUUAUUGUAUCACC